GAGAAGAUAUACCUCAACACACUAUCAACACGAACUUUAUACGGAAAAUUCCGUUAGACGCUGAGGCAAGUAAUAUCCUCAUCGGCGAAGUGGGUUUCUUAGAAACAACUUUAGUGUGUUUUGUUCGAUUACGUAAAGCGUCAUUUUUAGGUGAUUUAACUGAAGUACCAGUGCCAACACGUUUCAUUUUCGUUGCAAUGGGUGGACCUGAUAGUCAGAGUAAUCUACUGGAAAUCGGUCGUGCUAUGGGGACUCUUAUGUCUGACGAAAUAUUUCACGAAGUUGCAUAUCGUGCACGAAAAACAGAUCACUUAACUGUAGGUAUUGAUGAAUUUCUUGAUACAGUUACUAUUUUACCGCCAGGGGAAUGGGAUCCUACAAUAAGAAUCGAACCACCGGCAGCUAUACCUUCACAAGAGGCUCGUAAACGACCACCUAAAAUAUCUAAAGUACAAACAGAUGAAGAAGAAGAACAACGAAUACGUCAAGAAUCCGGAUUAGUACGUACCGGACGCCUUUUCGGGGGUUUGAAAAAUGACAUUAAAAGAAAAGCCAAAUGGUACUAUACUGACUUCAAAGAUGGUCUUUCGAUGCAGUGUGUUGCUUCUUGGAUUUUUCUCUACUUUGCGUGCCUUUCUCCAAUCAUUACAUUUGGUGGAUUGCUUGCUGAAGCUACAGGAAAAAAUAUCGCAGCUAUGGAAUCAUUAGUUUCCGGCUUUGUUUGCGGUAUUGGAUACGGUUUAUUUUCUGGACAACCUCUUACAAUUUUAGGCUCCACAGGUCCAGUAUUAGUGUUUGAGACAAUUGUUUAUGACUUUUGUCAAAAUCAUAGUUGGGACUAUUUGACGUUCCGCUUGUGGAUUGGUAUUUGGAUAACUGCUAUUUUGCUACUUUUAACAGCGAUCGACGCCAGCGCUUUGGUUUGUUACAUUACUCGCUUUACAGAAGAGAACUUUGCAACACUAAUCGCGUUUAUUUUCAUAUACAAGGCCCUAGAAAAUGUUUGGGUAAUAAAAAACAACUUUCCUCUUAACAAUCCAAUAUAUGAUUGUAUAUGCACUCCUCCAGCAAAUAGUAAUUUCACUAUUUUAGACUAUGCAAAAUAUGACAAAUCAACUUGUUUAGCAAAAAAUGGUACUCCUGUCGGAAUAGACUGUACUCAUACAAGCACCGCAAAUGUCUUCCUCAUGUCACUUAUUCUUUUCUGUGGAACCUUUACAAUAUCCGUCUUAUUAAAGGAUUUCAAGAACUCAUCUUAUUUUCCAUCCUUCGUACGACAAUAUAUUAGUGACUUUGCAGUUAUUAUUGCAAUAUUAACGAUGUCAUUUUUGGACUAUACAGUGGAUAUUGCUACACCAAAACUAGAUGUGCCACACGUAUUUAAACCCACAUUAAGCUCACGUGAUUGGCUAGUUCCACCGUUUACAACAAAUAAUCCUUGGUGGACGCCGGUAAUUGCACUUUUCCCUGCAGUGUUGGGAACGAUAUUAAUUUUUAUGGACCAACAAAUUACAUCGGUCAUAAUAAACCGCAAAGAAAACAAACUUAAAAAAGGAUGCGGUUACCAUUUGGAUUUAUUUAUACUGUCCGUAUUAAUUCUAAUAUGCAGUAUAAUGGGCUUACCAUGGUUUGUUGCCGCGACUGUUCUUAGUAUAAAUCAUGUUAAUUCAUUAAAACUGGAGUCAGAAUGUUCCGCGCCGGGGGUAAAACCAACAUUUUUGGGUGUUCGAGAACAACGCGUUACACAUGUUCUCAUAUUUUUAACAAUUGGGCUUUCAGUGAUCCUAACACCGCUGCUUUGUCAUAUUCCUAUGCCUGUGCUAUUUGGAGUAUUUCUUUACAUGGGUAUAGCAUCAUUGACAGGAUUACAGUUCUUUGAUCGAAUACUUAUUAUGUUGAUGCCUGCGAAGUACCAGCCAGAUUUUAUGUUUCUUCGAAAG